GUUGCUCUGUGUUUGAAGGGGGCGCAAGAUGGCGGCGGGAGAGGCGGUGGGACGCUACCGGAGCAGCAUGAGCAGAAGCAAGGACCCUUCGGGGCUGCUCAUCUCUGUGAUCAGGACUCUGUCUACCAGCGAUGAUGUUGAGGACCGGGAGAAUGAGAAGGGCCGCCUGGAAGAAGCUUAUGAGAAAUGUGACCGGGAUUUGGAUGAGCUCAUUGUCCAGCACUACACUGAGCUCACCACUGCGAUUCGCACCUACCAGAGCAUCACAGAGCGCAUCACCAACUCCCGGAACAAAAUCAAACAGGUGAAGGAGAACCUGUUGUCAUGCAAGAUGCUGCUGCAUUGCAAGAGGGAUGAGCUGCGCAAGCUGUGGAUUGAAGGAAUUGAACACAAACAUGUCCUGAAUUUGCUGGAUGAGAUAGAGAACAUCAAACAAGUGCCGCAGAAGCUGGAGCAGUGCAUGGCCAGCAAGCACUACCUCAAUGCAACAGACAUGCUGGUGUCAGCAGUGGAUUCCUUGGAGGGUCCCCUUCUUCAAGUGGAGGGAUUGAGUGAUCUGAGACUGGAGCUCCACAGCAAGAAGAUGAACAUGCACUUAGUCCUGAUAGAUGAGUUACACCGUCAUCUUUACAUCAAAUCAACUAACAAAGUGGGACAGCGCAACAAGGAGAAGGGGAGAAUAAGUUCACUUGUGAAAGAUGCUUCCUCUGUACCCCUCAUGGAUGUUACUAACUUGUCUACACCUCGAAAGUUCCUCGAAACUUCCCAGUUCAGUACUCCUGGAAGCUCCAGCAUGCGAGAAACAAGCCUUCUGGAAAUUAAAGAAGAUAUGGAACUGGAUCCAGAGGAGAACAGCACUGUCUUCAUGGGCAUACUCAUCAAAGGGCUGGCCAAGCUGAAAAAAAUCCCUGAAACAGUGAAAGCCAUCCAGGAUCGCCUAGAACAAGAACUGAAGCAGAUUGUUAAGCGUUCCACGACUCAGGUGGCAGACAAUGAUUACCAGAGGGGGGAAAAUAUUUCCCAGGAAAAUCAGCCUAGGUUGCUGCUGGAGCUGCUGGAGCUUCUUUUUGACAAAUUCAAUGCUGUGGCUGCUGCACACUCCAUAGUCCUUGGACAUCUUCAGCAGACGGUGGCCUCUCCUUGCAGCCAGUACGAUGGUGAUAUCAAGCUCUACGACAUGGUUGAUGUGUGGGUGAAGAUCCAAGAUGUUUUGCAGGGCUGCCUUGGAAUGACCUUAUUAUUAAGGCACUUUGAGAAAGGAGUGAGGUCUAAAAGUCUUCCAGUUAAUUUUGACGAACACAGGAAAUUACGCUUGAUGCUCCUGACAGAAUACCUGGAUAUGAAGAACACCCGCACUGCCUCGGAGCCAUCCGCUCAGCUCAGCUAUGCCAGCUCUGGGAGAGAAUUUGCAGCAUUCUUUGCGAAGAAGAAGCCCCAAAGGCCUAAAAACCCUUUGUUCAAGUUUGAAUCCUCCUCCCAUGCUAUUAGCAUGAGUGCCUAUUUACGUGAGCAGAGAAGGGAGCUGUACAGCAGAAGUGGAGAACUUCAAGCUACAGUCUGGGAGUCUAAGACCUGUGAGCAGAGCAGAUCCCUUUUAAGAGUCAGGAGAUGCCUGGAGACGGGGAGGAUUCCUGUUCCAGGAGGACCAGAUGAUAAUUUAAUCGAAGGUGGAGGAUCCAAGUUCGUCUGCAAACCGGGAGCCAGAAACAUCACCAUCAUCUUUCACCCACUCCUCAGAUUCAUCAAGGAGAUAGAGCACGCCAUGGAGCUUGGUGCAACCAAACAGUGUCCUCUCCGUGAGUUCCUCACCAUGUACAUCAAGAACAUCUUCCUCAAUCAGGUCCUGGCUGAGAUCAACAAAGAAAUCGAAGGAGUCACGAAGGCGUCUGACCCCCUGAAGUUGUUGGCUAAUGCAGAUACCAUGAAGGUCCUGGGUGUGCAGCGGCCUCUUCUGCAGAGCACAGUAAUUGUGGAGAAGACUGUUCAAGACCUGAUGAACCUGAUGCAUGACUUGAGUGCCUAUUCGGAUCAGUUCCUCAACAUGGUGUGUGUGAAGCUCCAGGAGUACAAGGACACCUGCACCCUUGCCUACAGGAGCAUCGUGCAGUCAGAUGAAAAGCUGGUGAUCAGUGCAUCCUGGGCUAAGGAUGAUGAUAUCAGCAGGCUCCUGAAAUCUCUGCCCAACUGGAGCAACAUGGCUCAGCCCAAGCAACUGAGACCCAAGAGAGAGGAGGAGGAAGAUUUUAUAAGGGCUGCUUUCGGCAAAGAGUCAGAAGUUCUCAUUGGCAACCUGGGAGAUAAACUCAUCCCCCAACAGGAGAUCCUGCGGGAUGUCAGCGACCUCAAGGCUUUGGCCAACAUGCACGAGAGCCUGGAGUGGUUAGCAGGCCGCACCAAGGCAGCCUUCUCCAACCUCUCAGCUGCCCAGACUAUGUCUCCUGGCCAGGACAGCCAUGCCAGCAUGGAAAACCUUCCUGCAUCCGAACAGAUCCUGCAAACCCUGAGUGAGCUGGCCAGGUCUUUCCAAGAGAUGGCUGACCGCUGCCUGCUGGUUCUACAUUUGGAAGUCAGAGUUCAUUGCUUCCACUACCUGAUCCCAUUGGCUAAACAAGGGAACUAUGCCAUCGUUGCCAACGUGGAGAGCAUGGACUAUGACCCCCUUGUUGUCCGGCUCAAUAAGGACAUCAGUGCCAUCGAGGAAGCCAUGAGCGCCAGCCUCCAGCAGCACAAGUUCCAGUACAUCUUUGAAGGGUUGGGCCACCUCAUCUCCUGCAUUCUCAUCAACGGAGCCCACUACUUCAAGCGCAUCAGUGAAUCUGGCAUCAAGAAAAUGUGCAGGAACAUUUUCAUCCUCCAACAAAACUUGACAAACAUCACCAUGUCACGUGAGGCUGACCUGGACUUUGCAAGGCAGUAUUAUGAAAUGCUCUACAACACAGCAGAUGAGCUCUUAAACCUGGUGGUGGAUCAAGGUGUGAAGUACACAGAGCUGGAAUACAUCUAUGCCCUGAACUUACUGCACCGGAGCCAGACGGGUGUGGGAGACCAAACCACACAGAACAUGAGGCUGCAGAGGCUGAAGGAGAUCAUUUGUGAGCAGGCUGCUAUCAAACAGGCCACCAAGGACAAGAAAAUCACCACUGUUUAAUCUGCUCAGCCACAGUGAGCAGCAGGGGCUGUCAGGUUGCAAGUUCAGAUUUCUGUGUUUCUGUUAUAAUUUAUGGCAAAAGAAUGUAUCUUCUGGGUGACCACUAGCAAGAAAGGAAAUGCAAUUUAAAAUUUGGUUUGGGGAUUUUCUUGGGGUAGGGGUUGAUGUGUAAUCAUGUAAUGCUUCCUUAAUGUGUUCUCCCAGUAGUGGUUGCACUGCAGGAGGAACAGGCAUUCUGGUGGAGAUUUAGGUGGGGUGUUUGGCUUUGCUCUGUCGCUGCUGCUUUGCCUUGGGAUGUAAGGCAGGAUGGAAAAAGAGAUUUCACACCGGCUGAGGCCAGAGCCAUCAGUGAAAGUUCAGACCACACUGAAGUAAAAAGCACCAUGACAUUAUUUGUUGGUAACAUGUGGGAUCAUGAUGAUUUUGAAGCUGUUCCAACAGCAUUGCUGCACGGGAAGCCUGUUUCAGCUCUGCCAUUACUUUUUGCAGUGACAGUCAUAGAUGCAUUUAGUUUUCUGCUGUUUCCACUGCAAAGAGAUCUAGUUGCUUAUUCCUCUAGAUAGUAAUAAGCCAAUUCUCGUAAUGGAAGGUAACGUGGGACCAUUUGUUUCCACUUCCACUUUUUCAUUAUCACAGAGCAUAUGGCAUCAGUUUCUGCAGCUCAUACUGCACUGGAUGAUAGUGAAUGUAGGAGAAAAUUGUCAGUAUAAAGGUAAUAGCUGAACUUAAUUCUCUUUUUCUGAAUAUAUCUUUAGAAUAUGCCCAGCUGAGAAGAUAUUUUCUAAUCACCAUUUGAUGUGCUGGAAGGACACACAGUAGCUCAGCACUGAAUGCUCAGCAAGGGCAGGAGGAGGGCACAUUCUAGCUCUGCAGAAUGAGGAGAGCUCACAUCACCAUUCUGUCCUGCCUUGGCCAUUUGUACCUGCCUGAUAAAAGAUUCCUUAUUCACUGGGGCUGGUAAGUUUAUGUCAGCUUUCCAACCCAAGGAUGCACUGCACUUGUAUUUGUCAGGUGAAUAGCAAACCCGGCUGAGUUUCGCAUUCUGAGAUGGGUUCUCUCUGAGCUGUGUAACUGCUCGUGCAUCUGUCUUGAAACUUCAGAAUUAAAAGAUAUUUG